GCGUUUAUUUUUCGCGAUUGGGCCGUACAAGCUCGGUCACUCUAUUGCCAAAACCUAUGCCUUCUGGCCAAAUUAUUUCUGGAUCACAAAACUCUGUACUAUGAUGUGGCUCCAUUCAUGUUCUAUGUCCUAUGUGAAGUCGAUCGUGAAGGCUGUCAUUUGGUCGGAUAUUUUUCCAAGGAGAAAAAUUCUGCGGAUAAUUACAAUCUGGCUUGCAUUCUCACAUUACCUCCCUUCCAAAAACGCGGUAUCGGUCGGUUUCUGAUCACAUUGAGCUAUGAGCUGACAAAGAUAGAACAGAUCAUCGGCACUCCGGAGAAACCACUGUCCGAUUUGGGUCGACUAAGCUAUCGCAGUUAUUGGGAAGAUGUCAUAUUCAACUUUUUGUCCGAGAAUCCACAGUGCUCACUGGACGAACUCAGUGCAUCAACCUGCAUCACACUGGAUGACAUCAUCUGGACCUUAAAAUUUCAUCAAGGUAUUGAGUUUUGGCGGUGUGGUCGAACGUUGUACUUGAAGAAAAGGUCGCUUCGAGCUUACUUGCAAAAAGUUGCCGAAAGGGAACGCAAAUGGGCGAGUGAUCGGAAUUCUUCCCAAGACAAAUCAACCGAUAACACAGUCCAAUUCGAUGUGAGCUGUUUGCGUUGGUCGCCUCCACUAAAAUCACCCAAACAAAGCACUCGUCUGACUUAA